CAAUAAUUAGAAACAACGACGAGGUUUUUCAUUGUCAAUUUUUUUCGCAACAAAUGCCAUUUUCCAAAUAAAAUACUUAAAGAAAAUUUAAUCAGUAAUUUCAUUCUGAAAUUUAAUAAAGUAAUGCAGUUUCUAAAACAAAAAUGAAAAAAAUUUCGAAUUCUUCGGAAUCUAUUCAUUUUCGUAAUAAUGAAAGUCUCUGUUUUCUGGAAGAAGACGACGAAACGGGAAUUUCCAACGUCCGGACGAAAAUGGACAUUCCGAAUAGUUUGCGGGAAACGGAAACCGUCUUCAGAAAUAAGAAAAUAUGUGAAAAAAUAACGCUAGAAAACUUCGGUCGAUCUUCUUCCGACAAUUGGACGAAAGUUUUUUCCUUUGAUAAUCUGGUUACUCACGAAAAAACUAACGUGUCGGACGAGAAAGACAAAGAAAGUACGAAAGCUUCAAAAUCGAAAAAACUGAAAAACUUUCUUCCUCGAACUUUUCUUCACUUUUGUCCGUCGGAAAGUGCUUUGGAUUUACGUUCAAAUUCUUCGUUUUCGUUCAAACGUUUAUCCAAAGAUAAUUUAAGAGAUUUAACCUUCGAGAGCGUUUUAAAGCCGUCAGCGACAGCCGGUGGUUUUGCUGAAAACGAAGUCGUGAAAGAAAUUAUUCCUUUGAACCAAUUUCCUGGGAUUUCGAUUUUCCAGAUAAUUACAGACGAAUUUUUAUCGGAAAAACGAUCCGACUUAGAACUGGUGAUCGUUUUACCUAAACCGUUUUCAUCGCACGAAAUCGAAUGUAUCAGAAAAUGUUAUUUGAAGAGAAAAAACUCGUUGCGAGUAUAUUGUGGGCUUUGCAACAAUUCCUUUUCUCUCUCCGUAGACCAACUGGAUGCCGUCGCUAGCCGCCAAGAAGACAAAGAAGUGGCCACAUUUGUAUGGAAUCUGUGUUUGCAGAGAAAUACCAAUCAUCAUUCUCGUCACAGUAAAUUAAAAUCCAUUAUUAAUAAGGAAAUGUUUUGUCCUCGAUGCCAAUACAAAAAAGAAUCAUUUCUGGACAAUGUUUCGACGUAUCGCGUUAAAAAAUCGUCUGCGUACAAAAGACAUCUUUUCCGGCCUUUAUUUAAAGAGAGAUCUAAAACCUUUUCUUGCGUACUCUGCCGAUCUUAUCUAAGUAACGGAAAGAUGUUAAUUAAGAGACUAUUAUCUAAGAAGAUACUGGAAGAAAGGUAUAAGAUUUACAAAUGUGAAGUUUGCAAUUGCGCCACGUAUAGAAGUAAAAGAGAAGCGUCGAAACACGUGAUCGAGCACAUAGCUUCUGGAAGCGUGCUCUGUUCUGAAUGUUAUUCUUCGAUGUUCACAAAUUCGUCAUCGAUGUUCAACGUCGAUCUUCUCUGGGAACAAAUUACUUGUAGUUCUUGUAAAAAGUCGUAUUCUGACGCAAAUACCUUUCUAGGAAAGUGGAAUGACUUAGUCGCGAGAGUAGGAUCUUCGACUGCCAAAAGAAAGAUUCGUCGCUCUUAUCGCUGUAACGUGUGCGAUAAAAAAUUUAAAGGAGCGAGAAUGGAAGCUCAUCUGGUGUCUCACGUAGCGGAAAAUUCAAUUCUUUGUGUCAAAUGUCGUAAAAAUAUAUGACACGGACUCAAAAUCUAUCUCAGUUUGUGGUUAGCGAUGAAAGAUACUUUUUCAUAUCUCGACAAAGACGAAUAAAUGCAUUUUCCUCCUAAAAUUUUAAUAACGGUAUCUGUCUUUUUAAAUAUUUUUAAAUUAGUAGAUCUAAAUCACAUUACUAAUUAUUAUCACUGUUUAUGAUACAGCAGUUUUUCUCCAGACAAAAAAUAAAUAAAUUUAAAGAAUAA